UCACCGGGGACCAUGCUGACCAUCCUAGCUGCUGGGUCUGUGUUCUUUCCAGGUCUUUUCCUUCUGUCCAAACAAUGUCUCAAGUCCAUCCCGGCGCUCAGAUGGAGCGAAGGAGAUGCAGUCAUUGUGUCGGCCAGGUUGGUGUCGUCAGUCCAGGCAGUCAUGGCUUCCUCAGCUGGCUACAUCAUUGCUUCUUCCUGCGAGGACAUCAUCGAGGACCAGCAUUGGCUGACGAGCUCUUACAUCAUGUUCGCCGUUCCCUACUUUGUGUACGACAUCUACGCAAUGUUCAUGUGCUACUGGUACAAGCUACGGGUCAAAGGGCACGAGGAGGCCUCGGCUGCACCCCAGCAAAUGAGCUCAGCACUGACCAGCUACCUGCGUCGCGAGUUCCUCAUGGUGCUGCACCAUGUUGUCAUGGUCACCGUCUGCUUCCCCGUCUCUGUGUUUUGGCGACAAGGAAAGGGAGAUUAUUUCCAGGGUAUAAUGUUCAUGGCUGAGCUCAGCACUCCGUCUGUCUGCUUAGGAAAAAUACUCAUCCAGUACAAACAGCAACACACUAUCCUGCACAAAGUGAAUGGGGCUCUAAUGCUGAUCACUUUUUUCAUCUGUCGAGUCCUCCUCUUCCCUUACCUCUACUACGCCUAUGGAAGGUACGCCUCCAUCCCCUUCCACAUGGUUCCCUUCAAAGUGCCAUGGCACUGUAACCUCGGUGCUGCUCUGCUCAUGGCCCCCCAGCUCUAUUGGUUCUCCCUAAUUUGCAGGGGCGCCCUGCGACUAUUCAUGGGCACCUCCCGCUCUCAGAGACCACGCCCGACUACAGCCGCACCAAAGGAGAGCCAGACAGACGGCAGCGCACUGCCCCAGCCCGCUAACGGCUACAGCACCCGCUCCACAGAGCCCGAGCUGUCCACUCACUGAGAAGAGUGGAGGGGAGGGGGGGAGGGAAGGAAGGCGAAUGUACCAAUGAGUUUGUAAAGGAAAGAAAGCUGUGAGGGGAAAAGUGAGACUUGAAACAAGUAGCAAUAUGAAGAAAGCUACAGACAAUGGCGUCACAGAGCGCUGAAGUCUUUGUGGCCAGCAGUCAGACUCUAACAGCUGAAUGAUUUGGUUGCUGGCCCUCAAGCACUUCGGCUUCUCAGUUUGUAGGAAACAAUGGUGUGUUAGCACACUCUGUAUUUAAAGAUGUCAUCGGGCACUGUGACAGAAAGGAACAUGCACUGACCUGAGAGGAAUUUGCCUGGAUGUAUAGCGAGCAUUGAUGGCUAUUUCCCUCAUGUAGAUCAAAUUCAGUCCUCUCUGCCUCACGGUAUGGGAAGAGCAGGAAAAUAGGAAUGUAUAAUAUUGUAUGUUAGUACAUUUGCUGUAGAUGAAAGGCCUAAUUCAGUUUAGUAAUGAAGAAGACCUUCAAAAAAGAGAAAAAAAUCCCGGCUCAGCAGUAUUUUGACUUGUUAGUGUUUAUUAUCUGUAUCCUCUAUGUAGUCACUGUCACUCUAACAAAAUGUAACCAACCUGCAGACUGACUCAUCUUUAGAAGGGAGAUAAUCUCACCAGACUGUAUUCUGCUGCCUUAUCC